GCUGCAACCAUGGCCCCCUCCUCCGCGCGGCCCGCCUUCCUGGUCAUGACCGCACUGGCGCUGCUGCUGCUGCUGUGCGUGGGCCCAGGCGGCAUAAGUGGAAAUAAACUCAAGUUGCUGCUUCGGAAACGAGAAGCCCCUGCUCCCACUACAACCCCGGUGGCUCUCCAGGAGAACAGAGCCAAGGAGUUCCUGAGCAGCCUUAGGAGGCCCAAGCGGCAGCUGUGGGACCGCUCGAGGCCAGAGGUGCAGCAAUGGUACCAGCACUUCCUGUACCUGGGCUUCGACGAGGCGAAAUUUGAGGAUGACAUCAGCUAUUGGCUGAACAGAAAUCGGAAUGGGCACGACUACUACGAUUACUACCAGCGCCACUAUGAUGAGGACGCGGCCAUCGGCCCCCGGAGCGCCCACAGCUUCCGGCACGGAGCCAGCGUGAACUACGACGACUACUGACCACCCCUCUGGGCAGGCUCAGGCCGUGGGCUCUGCUCAGCACUCGGGCUGUGUCUGCCGUGUCUAGUCUUGGCCCAUUUUCCCUACUCGCUUUCUAUGGCCAGAAAGGAAGCAUUAACACAGAAAAUAUAGAGGCCUUUUGAGAGUCCAUGCAAGUUCCUAACACUGUAUUCCAUUUAAAACUAGAAAUAAAAGCA